AUGGAUAACAAUACGAAUCCUACCAAGGAAUGGAUCGCAAAACUAAAUUUGGCAAAAAUUACGUUUGAAAAGCAAUUGAGGAUAAUAGAAAAAUUAGACGAAAAAAUUGAAGACAUCAUAGAUGAAGAAGAAAAAGAGAAAGAAGUAGUCGAAAAGGGCGAAUUCCAAAGCAAUGUACAAGAUGUUAUCUGCAUAAUUGAAUCGAUAAUCAUUUGUGAUGAGAAAGAGAGAUCGAAAAACUCAGAAUCUAUGUCUUCGUCACGUUUAUCAUCAACAGGAGAAGGAUGUAGACGUAAACUCCCAAGUCUCGAGCUACCAAAAUUCGAUGGAGAUCCGGAGAAAUGGACUCUGUUUUACGACAGCUUUUUGUCAACUGUUGAUAGCCAUCCAAGUUUGGAGCCUGUGGACAAGUUUCGGUAUCUACUAAAUUGUUUGAGUGGAAUUGCGAAGGAAACGUUAACCGGCAUUAAUGUAACUAAAACGAAUUAA